AUGAUUCAUACCUCCCGGCCUUUUCAGUUGGAACGCCAUCCCGCUCCACGAAGGGGACUAUUCUAUCACCCACUGGCAAAUACUGCCCAACGAGUCCUUGCUUUUGAUCAACUUAUCCGGUUCAACUACAAGAAACUUAUGAUGCGGUUUCCACUUACCUGCAACCAACUGGAAGAGACACACCUCGGCUAUUCACAUAUAUUCUUGAACUGGACGGAUUUGGUUCUCCGGUAUUCUAGUCAAAAACUACAAAGUGAAAAGGAUCUGGAGAACUACGAGCGAACUGCAGUGGAAAACCAUGUCCAUGAUACCAUAGCCGAGCUAUGCAAAAUACCUGGUGCCCGAGAGAGAGAUUCCCGCUUUGGCGAUGGGGUCGUGUUCGAGCUGUGCCAUGGCUACGGCCUGGAAACCUACAGCUCCUUCUUCCUAGCCACUUUCUACAUCAUGACACUCGCUGUGAGGGGUGUUGUUGAGCUGUUUAAACUUGUGGAACGUGAGGAGGCGGUCAAUUGGACAGUGAGGAUGUACAGCUACUAUGCGGUCAUUAAGGAGAGCAACACAUCCUUCUACCGUCACCCAAUCAAAACAUUUGACUUACCAGCGAGGUGGGGAAAGAAUAAGUGGAGUGCAUAUAUAUUUACCAAGAAUGUUUACAAUACGGGGAUGCCAGAUUAUCUGAGGAGGAUUAAGACUGCUGUUGAUGAGAUCCCUCAUGGAACUGCACACAAAGGCCGAGUCAUAAGAUCACUCCUUUUCAUCCGCCUUGGCAGUUGA